AACGUCAUAAAACGCAGUUGUCAAAACAAAUUGUCAAAAUGAAAUUGGAAAAUUAGCAUAAUAGCUCCGAAACUUUCGAAAUUCGUAGAGAAAGUAUGAUAAUUUGGUAACUUAAAUUAUCAUUACACUCAGUGCAAGUGCCGUAAAUAUUAAUUUCAAAAAACAAUAUAAACAUAACCUAUACCUGAACUCAAUUUGCUGAUAAACUUGAUACGAAUUCUAAGAAAUGGCUUUAAAAUAUACUCGUCUCCUCGUGAAAGCUGUAAAUGCAGGAGUAAACAGGUCUAAUGUUCAAAUUCAUCGGAAUUUAGUGACCAGUUCACCUUCAAGACUAGGUAUGGUGCCUAUAGUCGUUGAGCAAACCGGCAGAGGCGAGCGUGCGUACGAUAUUUACUCUAGACUUCUUAGAGAACGGAUUAUAUGUUUGAUGGGGCCUAUAAAUGACGAUAUAAGCUCUCUAGUCGUCGCGCAGCUGCUAUUUCUACAGUCGGAGUCAAGUAAGAAGCCAGUGCACCUCUACAUUAAUUCUCCUGGUGGAAAUGUGACUGCUGGACUUGGUAUUUACGAUACUAUGCAGUAUAUAACGCCUCCGGUCGCAACUUGGUGCGUUGGUCAAGCUUGCAGUAUGGCAUCUUUACUGCUUUCCGCUGGUGCUCCAGGAAUGAGGCAUGCUCUGCCGAAUUCUAGAAUAAUGAUUCAUCAGCCGUCUGGUGGGGUGAGAGGGCAAGCCACUGACAUACAGAUCCAAGCUGAAGAAAUUUUGAAGUUAAAAGCGCAGAUCAAUCAAUUAUAUGUUAGACAUACAGGCUUGGCUUUAGAAAAAGUUCAAAGUUCUAUGGAGCGUGACCAUUUCAUGUCUCCGCCAGAAGCUAAAGCGUUUGGUCUCAUCGAUAAUGUUCUGGAACACCCCAUGUCUCAUGCGAUGGAUAAUGAAUGUACUACUGGAAAUCCAGCCCCUAAAUUGUGAUCUGUAUAAAUCUAUGAUGUCCAAUGUUACUUGAAGCAUAUACUUAUUGAUUAAAUAUUUUUCGUUAGUUGAAA